AUGUCCGGCAAGGAAACGGCUCUUCUUCAAACUAUUUGCUUUAUGCUGUCACUGGUAAUUCUAAUAGUUGUAUGCUGCAUCUGUAAACUUCACAACGAUAUCGAUUUUUUACACGAAGAUGCGAUGUCAGAUUUAAAGGAUUUUAGAGUUAAAGCAGACGAUACAUGGCGUGCUAUUAUGGAAUCUAUCGAUGUUAGGACUAUUUACUGGGUUCCAUCCCGCGCGAAAAAACAUGUGAUUUACGGGCGAGAGGAAUGUAAUUGUGCUUUGCAACCUACCGCUUGUCCUCCGGGACCAGCGGGCCCGCAAGGACUCCCGGGAGAACGCGGUGUAGACGGCACACCCGGCGCCGUCGGCAUGCCUGGCGUGGACGGAAUGGUUGUCGGAACUCAAAGAUCUCGGUACACUGUAUGUCAUCCAUGUCCGCCGGGACCCCCAGGUCCCCAAGGAUUUAUGGGAGCAAUGGGACCUCGCGGACCACCCGGACAACCUGGGCUGCAGGGGCUUCCUGGCCGUAACGGACACGAAGGAGUACAAGGUCCACCAGGCUCACCAGGAAUCCCCGGCUAUAACAAAGUUCCUGGAAUGCCUGGCCUACCAGGCAGGUCAGUUAAACGUCGAGGCGGACCACGAGGUUCACCGGGUCCAAUGGGCGCAAGUGGAGCGCCAGGUCAUCCGGGUGCACCAGGAACUCCGGGAGCACAUGGUGCUCCAGGAAUCCCAGGCGCACCUGGUCGCGACGGUACGCCUGGUCCGAAUGGAAUCGGCGGGAUUCCAGGAGCACCGGGAUUACCCGGUUUGGAUGGUUGGUAUUGUCAGUGCCCAAUGCGAACACAUGUUCACGUAGCCGCCAGCAAAUUUAUGGAUGAAGAAGAAUAUGGGGAUCGUAUGAAGAAAACUUGA